AUGUUGUUGCCUCCUCGCUCACGGCGGGCAAAAGCUCAUCCGCCAGCAAGAAACUCUUCUCGCCGGCAAGGACGGCCGAUGAAAGCAGCGUCUGAACUGAGACCAACCCGAAAAGCCAGAACCGAAUAUGCCCAGCUGCUACAUUCGCAAGCCUCCGGGGCAACAGCGACAUCAAAGACACAGAGCUCUCACCAAUUAUCACAUCUCGAAUCCCUACCCGUCGAACUGAUAGAACAUAUCUUCUUCUACUCAUUCGAAGUGAACAUGCCUCGGGCUUCGACAUAUCUGGCCCAAGUCCUAUCAAAACCGUCCAUCUACAAAGCACUCACGCUGUUCGCCUAUUUUGACAACCUGGGUGAUGGAAUCCCAGUUGAAACCUAUCAUUUUCGACCAGCGGAGUACAGGCGCAUCAGUCUCGACGAGAAACUUCGACUACAGACGGGCAUUCUGGGCUGCAAAUGGUUCACAUCGAGGCUAUUGAAGUCCUGCAUGCCUGCCCUCAGCCGACUGCAGAUGGUCCAGGCAUGGCAUCACGAAUCCCGGGCUGAACGCACGCUCAACAUCUCACCAGACGAGCCGUCGCUCUCUGCACCACUUGUUGCAAACGAACGGCUUCGAUCAGUGGCCUCAUUGCCGGCGAUCGACGACGAGCCGGGAAUGGAGAAGCAUUUCCUAGCUAAAUUGGAGCAGCAACAGGCCCAGACCAAGCCGAGAGAUCGUGUUCUCGGCCCCACAGGAGACAACAACACCUUGCCGCGUAUCAUGGAAUGGUCCUCUUCCAUCGAUGAAGACGGCCAGCUCCACAAAACCAUACAUCACGCCACCAGCGUCCUUGCGGCGCGGGUUCUGCUCGACCGCAUCGUGUGCGGCAGUCCAUGGACAGACUCGAAACUAGAGCUUCUGCAGCUGUUGCGCCAGGGGAUGCGCUUUCUGGUUGCGGCCCAUGUGCUCGAAAUAUCCGCUGCGGCGCUGUUCCAAGGUAUGGCCAGCGCGAUCCGCGAGGGUCAUGAGCAGGCAUUGCUUGUACUGCUGGAACUCCACUACGCCACCAUGAGGCUACAUCCGACAUAUGACCGGGGGCAUUUUGACGGGACAGGCAUCUGGGAGAGACGAUAUUUGGUGGCCCCGUUUGCGCAUCCUUUACCUGUCGAUUUAUUUCAUCUUGCUGUGAAGCAGAAAUACGCAUCUCAGGAUGACGCGGAAGCGGGAAAGGAACGUCCCAGCCGAGCGCACACACAGAGUCAACUUGAAGCACGCCUGGAUGGGGAAGGAUAUCUGGCGCGAAUCCAACACAUGGGGGAAUCAUCAUCACAAUCACAAUCUGAGACGGAUUCCAGAGCUGAUGGUCAACAUGAGCCUCCUCUACAUCCUGACAGCCACUCACAUCCCGACGGGCACGAGCACGAGCACGAGCAGGACAAGAUGCAAGGCUCCAGCUCCCUACGCAGCCAUGAGCAUCACACAUCCACUGCGCGCAUCCUGGGCCUCCUCCUCCGCGAGGGCAUUGACAGCGUCAGUCCAGACGACCAGAUCCUCACUCGUUGGGCCGCACAUACGUGGGCAAAUUCCGCCUCGUCGUUGGAGCGCCGACUCGCUCAAUGGCUGUUGGAGCACAUGUCGGGGUCCGUGGCGUCCGGGGCAGACGACUACGGGCUGGCGCUGACCCGAGGUGAAGCGCUUCUCGUGAAUGGGAAGCUGUCUUCGCGGCGGCGGCCGGGCCACUAUCCCUUUCCCGAAACGUCCUUUACGGAUGAGAUUGGAUAUCUUGUCGAAGGCGCCGUCGGAGAUGUAGUGAGAGCGAGGGAUGGCGGGCCUUGUGGGUGA